AUGGCUCUCCCGAACCCAUGCGGAUCAUCUGUCUCCCCCAGGUUCAUCGUGAUCGUCUUCCCGAUCCGAUCCCGAUCCCUGUGCACGAUGAGCAACUGCAGGAAGGCGGUCGUGGUCGUCUGGAUCGUCUCCGCCCUCGUCACCCUCCCCAGUGUCCUCACGAAGACGACGACACCCCUGACCUUCAGCAACAACGAGACGACCGUGACUGUCCACUACUGCUUCGACCGCGACGACAUGAACAUGCUCGCCUACGCCAUCUACCAGCUGCUGACCCUCUUCGCCCUCCCCGCCCUCGUCAUGGUCGUCUGCUACGCCUUCGUCAUCCGGGACCUCUGGAAGAGCACCAAGAGCAUCCAGACCCUGACCAACAGCCGACGGAAAUCCCUGCAGCGCAUCAGGAGGACGUCGGACUCCCUGGGAAUCACGAGUCCCAAUCGGACCCCGAGAGGAAGUACCUGCAAGGAAGACGUCCAGAGGUCGAGGAAACAAGUG